ACAAAAACACAAAUUAAUUCUGAGCGUUUUCAUCUCAGUGUUAUGUUUAUAAUAACAGAUCGUAUUUUGGAGUCAUCUGAAAAGCUAUUAUUUUUAUUGAUUAUCACUAGAUACAUUUUCUCGACGAGGCUCGAUCUCCGGAUCCUUCAAUUGGCAGCUGUCUACAUCCACACUGUUCUAUCCAUGGUUGUAAGUUUCUGCAGUAUUAUAGGCGUACUUAAAGAAUAGAUAUAUAAACGAAACACUUGCUGAAUUACCGUUUUUUAAAUGGUAUACAAACAUUUUUAUCACUGUUGUUUAUUAGUGCUUAUACAAAACCAUCAACGCAACGUUGUUUCCCGUUUGAUCAUUUGUAAACGUAUAUGUUUGCUAUAAGCGCUACUAAUGUUCAAUAAAAAUCGAUUAAACACUUCUAAAACAAACUGGUAACACUGACUUUCUGUUCAUGGUGUCUGAAUGUCAAACCAAAACAACAACAGUUCUGUCGAUCUCUUUUUCCGUAUUAGUUUUUUUUUAUUGUGAAAAAUGGGUAAAGACUAUUUCGUGGUGGUACAAACAAUAGAGGCUGGUAAGCCAGUGUUGACAGUGGUCCCACACAAAUGGGUGAAUGGGAAUACUCUCUUAUGGCCCCCCAAGCAGGCAAAUGAACUACGGAAGAAUGCUGCAUCGUUGCCCAUGUCCUCCUGGAGUAAAAUGUCCUGUUCAGUGAAACGUAAAUAUAUUCCAACAUUCGCGGAUGCUGAACAAGAGGCUGACGAACUUUCGGGCCUAUCCACCGACGCUUCAGAUUUUGCUCCAAGGCGCAAGAAGAAGUUCAAGAAACCGGCAUUCAACAAGGAGAUUGAUUUAAACCAUCUGGUAACUGGUCAAGCACAAAUAACGCCAGUGAGUCCUCCAGCCGUGCCGGUAACCAGCCAGCCAGUACCGGUGACUAGCCAGCCGGUUGAAAACAUUUAUUAUGAACCGGAUUUGAAUGAACUGCUGGCAAAUUCGCAAGGAAUCGCAUUGGACUUCCCUUCAACUGUUGCAGCCCAAAUACCCACAACUCCAACAAUCCCGGUGGAAACUAUGCUUUCGGAAGGAUACGUUGUCAAUGUUGAACAGCCGGAUGCGGAUAGAAUUAUCAAACAAAUUUCUGAUAAGAUCGAGAUGGUAGCUGAAAAAGUGGUUGACGAGAUUUUGAUUGUGCUUUAGGACUAUCAAGUGUUUCUGCCACGCCGAAUCUACUCCCUGUUGACCAGGAUAAACCAGAAACGUCUGGAGUGCACGUCGAUGAAAACGAGGACUAUGAAACCAAUUCAGAACACGAAGAAGAAAAUUCGCUAGAAGAUUCUGAUGACGAUUGAUAUGAGAUUUUGAUUUUUUUUUUUUCAUGAAUGGAGAUAUAAAUUCCAGUUAAGAUGAGGAAGAAUAUGGGCGUGCAGAUACAAAAUUCAAACGGAAGUAAUGUUACCAAACUGGAUGGAGGAAAUGUUUUAACGUUUUUAAUGAUGAACUGAAGAUGUUGUUUUGUUUUUUUUAAACAAUUAGUUAAUUAGAGCUAAUAACGACCAUUCAUAUUAUUUUAUUUGGAUAUCGACGUUUGAUAAUUUGAUACAGAUAAGAUGCACGAAUAAUCACAACAAUCAAUCAGAUUCAAAUGUAUGUAAAAGUGGAAUGUAAACAUAAUUAUUAACAUUGUAAGGAAUUACAACAAACUUGCACAUGAUGUCUUCUAUACUAUAAGCCUUCGACUGUUUCAAAUGAGAAAUCUGAGCUUCGUAAAUGUACAAAAACGACGAGCGAAUAGGUAGUUUGAAAAAAUCAGUUUGAUAAACUAGAGCUUUACCG